GGGCUAGCAAUAUUCGCUUGCUUUCGUGACACGGGCAGUCUACAAAGAAGAAGGCCAACCAUCAGCUGUGCGUGUUUUGCUCUACGUGUGCAUUUAAAAUUCAAACCACAAAGCAACCGGCGACAAACGGGCGAACGAGAUUUACAACAACAAGAAAAAAGGUCGAUUAUCAUAGCAAUCGCUGAGAAAAAGAAAAAGCCCUGUUGUCUGUUCUAGCGACAAAACCCCCUUCAGGGUCAGAAAUCAAUCGGCAGUGGAAUUGUUUGGAACGUACAGUUUGGAUAUCCGAAUCGGCCGAAGCGAAGAAACCAUCCCGUUUCAAAUUUGCAACUGUGCGUCGAACUGCUGUUACGUUCGUUUCCAGGUUUUCGAGUUAAGGAGCACCCGUUGUGUUAGUCCGUCGGACGAAGCGAGCAAGCAAGCAGGGAACAAAAACCCCCGCCAGCAACACAAAAAUGGCUUUCCGUGCUAUCACUUCACCGGUUGUACGCCGCUUCCUCGAAGCCAACAAUCUUAAGAUGCUGCAAAAGCGCGCCGCCUCAAUGGGCGAUUACUAUUCGAAUCCACGCGGCUUUACCAUUGCCGACAUGAAGAAGAAUCCCGCCGUCCUGCCCCUGGUGUUCAUUAUGACGACGGCCGUUGUCGGAUGCACAAGCUUCAUGCUUUACUGCAGCCAAACCCGCACGGACGUGAGCUUUGACAAGAAAACCUUCCAGUACGACACCAUGGACGUAAUGGAUCCGAAGCAGCGAAAGAUUCUCGUGUUCAAUCAAAAGUACCUCCCGAACCCGGAGCUGAAGGAUGCCCUUAGCUACCGCGAGGAGUACAACAAGGUGGCGAGCAAUUAAAAAGCAAAUGCAGCAAAUGCAGCAAAACCAGCCAGCAACAACGAACCCUGCGAAGCAUAUUGACGAACGUCGGACCGCGGAUAUGUCUGCACCAUCACCAAACAUGCGGCCACAUUUCCCCUUUCAUCUCACGGGACAGCAUGAAUAGUGUUGGGACAUGUGUGUGCGCGCAUAUGAAUAAAUCUAACCGAAGCUAGAGAUCCAUUGCCGGGCUCUACCGUCUCCUUAGCCCCCUGUUUGGCUUGGCGAUUGAUCUUCCGGCAUGUGUGUGUGUUUGUGAUGUUGUUGUUGAGUUGUGUAUGAAUGCCUGUAUGUUUGUAGCAAAUUAUAUAGAAACCCGCUUGAAAAAGCUUAAUCGUUUCCAGCCGGCAGCAGCAUCUGCGCGAAUGCUCGAUUUGCAUUUAGAACGUUUGUGCAGUUGUGCCUCCGUUGAAUGUGCUGGUGCACUCUCGUGGCUGCGCGCCCAUUUUCGCCAGUGUCUAUCAAUAUAUACCGCGCUGCAAGAGAAAUAAAUAAAUACUAAUCGAUGUUUCAACCCAUA